ACCAAAAACAGAAAAAAGAAAAAAGAAGUUCACGUUCCAAACUUCCAAAUUCCAUCGUCUUCUGCUUGGUUCUUAAUUGCUCAUUGGAUUCGGAGCUCACAAGCUGCUAUAGCUGAACUCCGGCAUUUGCUAUUCAGAUCUCCGUCACUGUGGGCUUCCAUACACCGUGGGAGGCUGAGAAAAAUGGUUAUUCCUGCAUUAACGACGAUUGCCGUCUCUCCUCGUCUUCCCUUUCCAAAAUAUAUUCCUUCCUACACGAAAUCUGCUGGAGCUGGAGCCCGAACUCUCUGUUGCUCAAGGUCAAGUGGAGAUGGAGAUCUUAACGGCUUGGUUACAUCGCAAUCGGAGUUGGAAAGACGUGGGGGUGCACAAAUGGCUAAGUCAUUUGAUGGUAAACAUAGCAUUCAGUCGUCAGAUGGUGAAUUACCGGCAAAAAACAGCGAAAUUUGGCAACUCUUCAGAGAAGCUCAGCAGAAUAUCUUGUACUUGGAUAAACAACGUGUCCUUGCCAUAGAGGAGCUGAACAAAGCCGUCAGUGAGAAAAACUUACUGCUUAAAAAGAUCGAGGAAUUAGAGUUAGAAAAGCAGGUUUUGGACAGAAAAGAUCAGGCAUCAGUAUGCUGGGAUUUGCUACUUCGAAUUGAUUCUAUGGUUCUCACUGGCAUGAUUAGCUGUGAAGAGGCAUCUAAAAUGAGACGGCUGGUAAUGGAUCACAAAGUUAGCAUAGUUGAUGCUUUCACAGAUAACCUGCAGAAGAAAGAUGCUGAGCUUCUAGAAGAGCUACGUCAGUUUUCUUACAGAAGCAAGAAGAAGGGUUUUCACAUUGUUCACAUUUGUACUGAAAUGGCUCCAAUAGCCUCUUUUGGAGCGAUGGCAUCAUUUGUAACAGGGUUAUCUCGGGCUCUACAAAGAAAGGGCAACUUGGUGGAGGUUAUCAUACCAAAGUAUGGAAGCAUGAACCUAAAUGAGGUUCAAGAGCUGCGAGAGAUUGAGGUGGAGUACUAUUCGUAUUUUAAUGGUCAACUACACGGAAACAGGAUAUGGACCGGGGUUGUUCGAGGCAUAGGGGUUACUUUCAUUCAACCUUUGUAUUACUCAUCAUUUUUCAACCGCGAGAAGGCACAUGGAUACUCUGAUGACUUUGAACGGUUUAUGUACUUCUCGCGAGCAUCAUUGGACUAUAUUGUGAAAUCGAGCAAGAAGCCCGAUGUGUUACACAUACACAAUUGGCAAACUGCUAUAAUAGGACCGCUUUUCUGGGAAAUUUUUGUUCAACAGGGACUUGAAGGUUCUAGAAUCUUAUUCACGUGUCACGACAUCCAUGCACAGUUUCUUGUACAACCGGAGAAACUAGCACUAUGUGGACUUGAUCCUGCAAGGCUUCAUCGCCCUGAUCGUCUGCAAGACAAUUCCAAUACGCAUCUUGCAAACAUAAUGAAGGGUGGAAUGGUUUACUCCAAUAAAGUUGUAAUAAUGUCAUCCACACAUUCAAAAGGCUGUAUAAUUCAUAGUUUGAGUCAUGGUUUGGAAACUACCUUAAACAUGCACAAGGAAAAAUUGCUUGUUGCUCCUUGUGGGUUUGACAGCUUGGCUUGGGAUCCUGAAAAAGAUAAAAUUCUUUCAGAAAAUUAUAGUGCAGAUGAUAUGAAAGGAAAAUCUGUAUGCAAAAUCGCAUUGCAGCAAAAACUGGGGUUAGCUGAGAAUUCUUCUUUUAUUACCGUUGGAUGCUUUUUGUCAGAUGUGUCAGAUGUUGACACGGAGAACCUGAAAGCAAUUGUUCAGAAUGGUACCAAAAUGGGUGUCCAGUUCAUUUUCAUGAUGACUGGGGAAGUGACAAGUAGACACAAGGAACUAGAAUCUCUUCAAGUAAAAAUUGAGGAUGAAAACGUGAGGUUCAUAAACAGACAUGAUGAGACAUUGUCACAUCUCAUUUUUGGAGGCUCCGACAUUAUUCUCUGUCAUUCUCUUCACGAUCCUAUUCUGCAAGUGCCAUUGAAGGCUCUGAGGUAUGGAGCUGCGCCGAUUGCAAUUACCUCCAAUGACAAUAAUGGAUUCAGGCACUUUCCAGAUCAUGACUACGAGACUACUAAAUUAGCCAUGUUCAUUAACUCUACCUUCGGAUACUUGUCCUUCAGCCAAGCCCUGGAUGAAAUUAAUAACAAUCCAUCUGAGUGGAAUCACAAAGUAUUUGAUGCUAUGACGAAGGACUUCUCUUGGGAUGCAGAGUGCUGUGAUAUACAUCUCUCUGCUUACACAGCUAUAAAGAGCCUGUGAACCAAAUACAAAGUAGAAUGUAGGAACGUAGAUAUCGACGAAAUUUGCAUCCGUCUCUGCAGCUUACCUGCAACUGGAACUCUAUCAUGGAGCUUGAUUUCAGACUUCCAGUCUAUAGUGUCAAGAUUUUAGGUUUGUAAAUGAAGAGAUAUAUAGUUUUUAUUUUCAAUUAUAAGUUGUAUGUGAAUAAUAAGAAUGUGGAUGUACUAAAGGUUAAAGGUGCAGCUUAGCUAACUACCGUAUUCCAAGUUGUCUAUCAUGAGGCUUCAUCAUUUUGGUUUAUAUUAUUUAGAAAUCUCUGAUUCAGUUCGGAUCUUGGUUUUCUAAAAUAAAAACUAGUCUGUACGUUUCCAUCA